CUCAAUGACGUCAUAUUAAGAUAAUUAUAAGCAAUAAAGGUUAAUGUCGUAAUCGGCUUUAUCAUGUGAAGGCACAGGCGUCGGAAACGAGGUGAGGGAGAUAUUUAAAGAGGCACCAUGAAGAACGUCCAGAUUUAACGGAAUUCUGGUUUACAGAGGGUCCGGUUUUGAGAGAUUUCACUGUAGUUGCAAGCUCACCAAGGUGGCAACCCUAAACGAUACAAGACACAGGAUGUUGUUCGAAUGGGUCUGUCGACGAAAAAGGGUAACCUACAAGCUGAUGAGGUUCUUGAGACAGAAGGAGAGCGACAUCUACAGACAUUGGUUCGAAAACAGCUGAACACCGAUAUCACUCUUAAGCAACAGCUUGCUCAACACAUAUCGUUCAAAAAGGCAGGAGAAUAUGACCCCGAGAUUCGUAGCUUGUCGGGAGUAACGCCGCUGACAGACUACAAGUCAGUUGACAGCAGAGAUGUUUACAUAGAAGAACUCAAACAAUGUGGUCUCACAAACGAUGAAAUAGAACUCAAGCUUGGAUUAGAAAGUCAAGGAAACUCUUGUAAGCAAACUAACAAGAGCAAAUAUGGCAUUAAUCCACAAAUACAAGAAGAAAGACUGCAGAAGGUGGACCUCAAAAUCACAGAAAAUCGGAAGCAGUUGUCGAAACCUGACACGUUCUCUGGAGUUGUUCAUCUUGGACGGCACCACAUGGAGCUGGAGAAGUCGCUUGUUAAUAUUAACAAGGACACCAAAACAAUAAGCAAUGCUUUAAUUAGGGAAAAACAGCACGUCAUUGGUGAUCCCAACGACCCAAUAAAUCAGCUUCCAGAUAUUCUGAGAGACGUUCAGAAGAAGGCGAAACUAGAAGGAAUAAAACGAAGAAAACGUUCUCAUGGUCCAUGCUGCCAUGAUAAGGGUAUUUCUGCCGAUCCUGAUCAUACGGAAAGACCAUCAGAAUUUGUUGGUCCAUUGCUGCCAGAUUAUGAUAACCUUGAAAAUGAUAUCACUGGUUCAGGAGACACUGAACCCAGUACACUGAACAAAGAUGUAUCAUACUCCCAUACUCAAGCAAACCAAGAAUGUGCAACAGUCUCAGCAGAUCAGGAUAAUGCGACCCAACACUUAAACAGGGCAUUACCAGGUCAUACUAGCCUCAAUUCCAAAUUGGAUGACAGCAUUGAUACAAAUUGUGAUGUUGGUGGUCCACGGCAACUUAAAACAGAAGUGGAAUUUGUUCCGGAAACAGUCAUCAAAAAGUACAGACUCACAGAAUGCGGGAUCAGAAAUCUCCCAAGAUUUAAAAACUUCUCUACUGGUGAUCCAAGCAACGUGUUGUAUUUAAAGAACUUAAGUAGUAUGGUAACUGAAGAGGAUCUGGUAUCCUUAUUUGGACGUUUUCAGAAUCCUCGCUCCAGCACACUCAUCUACAAGUUAAUGACUGGACGAAUGCGAGGCCAAGCCUUCGUCACCUUUCCUGAUACACCAACAGCGGAAAGUGCGCUUCAGCUAAUUAAUGGGUACCAUUUCAAGGGGAAACCAAUAAUAAUACAGUAUGGAAAGAAAGUCUGAGAAGUCGUGUGAUGAUUAUGCUUAAUGCAUGAUACAUCAUGUAAAAUAUGAUUAGCAGACAAUACGAGGACACAAACUGGUAUGGGAAUGGUCCUAAAAAUGAAGCAAAUUCCAUUAUGAAUGCAUCCCGUGAGAACAUAUUUCUUUUCUACAUGAUAGCUUGGUUUAAAUACUAAUAUUUCGCCCCUUCUCGGCCUACUUUGGGUUUUGUUUCCCACUGUGUAGGUAUCUGGAUACAUUACAUAAUACGAUACAUCAUAUAAUUAAAUACUGUGGUAUGCAACUAUUUGUAUAAAGAUAUCCAAGUAGCAGUGGAUUACCUCCCACACGAUACGAUUUACCUCCCCGCUGGACAGUCGACGGUUUUGAUGGAACAUCAGUGGAUCGACUAUUUGACACAUGUUUAUAUUCACAAAAAGGCACACAGUUACAGUUACUAAGUUGGAGAGAUCUUCCCAUGACCAGAGCUGGCCCUAGCCUAGAAUACUAGCCCGCGUAGUUGGGCAGGCUGGUUUUUGCCCGAAGUACACUAAAAUGCCCGAAUCUGGAUAACAUCAUUUAUUCAUAUUAUUGUUACUACCAAACAGCUAUAUUGGAUUGCAACUAAUUUUGAGCGUAGAAUGAUGGAAAUACAUGGUAUAAAUGUAUCAGGUAUGCACAUUUUGCCCGAAUAUCUCUACCAUUUUUGCCCGAAUUUGAGGUUUUGCUCCAGCAAUAGGGGGAAGUUGCCCACCAUGUCCUGUCUCACACGCUUAUGAGUAGAACAGUAAUUAAGGAACAGUAUUAUGGUGUCUUUUCCAAUUAGAAAAAAAGAGACCAUUUUUUAAACAAAAUUGGCAUUUGUUUUCAUAUUUACUUGGGGGUAAAGUCCACAAUCUCGCCCCCUUCUCCGGCUGUGUAUGGAAAUCGUUUCGAAAUAAGUUAACAAGCGGGUGAGACGGUGACAUAUGCCAGUUGUAUAACCAAUUACGACAGACUUUCCUGUGUCGUGGUAAGCAGAAGUGUCGAAUAAUGCUGUUUAUUAAAAAGGUAUGCUAAUGUCAUAUUGUAUGCAAUAAAUUAGAAAUUAUUGUUGAA